AUGUCCCUCUCAAGCCUUUCGUCUUUAUCCGAUCCCGAGCAAUAUGUUCCACGACGACGUCGUGUAAUUCCAGAUAGGAUAAAAUUAUUUGAAAAACAUGAUGGAGAAGAUUUUCGUGUGAGAUACAGGAUUUCUAAAGAAGUUGCUUUACGCAUUUGCGAGAUACUUAAUUUAGAACCUGAAACUCGAAGAAAUAAAGCCAUUGAUGGCCUUACACAGUUAUUGAUAUGUUUGAGGUUCUUCGCUACAGGAUCUUUCCAGCAAGUGUUAGGCGAUUUGGUUAAUGUGCACAAGUCUACAAUAUGUAGAAUAGUACAAAAAGUAACCCGCAAGCUGGCAAGUCUAAGCUCAGUGUAUAUUGAAAUGCCUUUAGACAGGAAUGAACUACGUAAAGUUGCUGAAGGAUUUUUCCAAAUUGAUGGCUUUCCACGGGUGGCAGGAGCCCUUGAUUGCACUCAUGUGAAAAUAGUUAGCAGAGGGGGGUCACUACCUGAACUGUAUCGUUGUAGGAAGGGAUUCUUUUCUAUUAACGUGCAAGCCGUUUGUGACUCCACUCUUAAAAUAAGAGACCUCAUAGCUCGUUGGCCUGGGUCGGUCCACGACUCAACGAUUUUUAAUAACUCACACAUAUGUGCAGAUUUUGAAAGAGGGAAAUAUGGUCCAUACUGUUUAUUGGGAGACAGCGGUUACUUCAAUAAAAAUUAUCUGCUGACACCCUUUUUGCGUCCUCAAACCAAUUCAGAGGAAGUUUACAACAAAAGUCACAUUGCAACCCGCAAUACAAUAGAAAGAUGCUUUGGUGUGCUAAAACGCAGAUGCCCAUGCCUUGAAAAAGGUAUUACACUCAACAAAACAUCAACAGUCCUGCAAGUUAUAGUUGCAUGUGUGGUUUUACAUAAUCUUUGUAUAGAACUUGAUGAGGUGGAACCACCUGAUGAUAUAGUCAUUGAUAGAGAUGAUGAUCAUUUCCUUCACACCGGAGUACAGUCUGUUCAGACAUCUGUCCGAACAGCUAUUGUCAACAGUGUUUUCUCUUAA